AUGCCGGUGAAGCGUGGCGAUGCUGGCAUUAUUGUGGUUUUGGAGUCGGGCACGUCGGGCCAUUCCUGGCCACGACGUUGGCAUGAGGAUGGCGAGUGGGCCCAGAAAGGCGCCAACCCAACACAACUGCCCAGCACAACACAACUGCCGAACACAACACAACUGCCCGACCGGAGCCCGUGGCUUCGUUCUCCUUCCACAGGGAGGGAGCAGAUUACCAGCUUGGAGUGGCAUCCCACGGAAGACAGCAUCGUGCUGGUCGGCGUAGGGGAUAGUACGCCAACGCUGUGGGAUCUCGCCGCAGUGGAGCUGGGUGAUGGGGAGAGCAGGGACAUGGCGGGCGUCAAGGACAUGGCGCCGCAGCUUCUGUUCGUGCAUCAUGGAGAUGGUUAA